UUGGGCGCAAAAUGACAACAAAAAAUAUUUUCGGUCAAUUUUUGUGCAUUUUCUGAGCUCCAGCAGGUCAAUUCUGUGUAAAAGUGCGCCUCCGAGGCCCCCUUGUAUCCCGUAAAAGUGAAAUCCAGUGACAAAGUGUGCAGCAAAAAAGCGAUGAAUUUGGACGACUCGAAUAGUUUUGCGUUGGAACAGCAUACGCCAACGCGAGUUCGUACCUCUUUACAGACAAUUUACAGCCCGAGUGACUCGAGUGGCGAUUCUUCGGCAGUUCUUUCGCCCAAUUUGAUCCUGAACAGUGCCGGAGGAACAUUUGCAACGAGUUUUAGUAGCCCAUCGCCGAGUAGUUCGUCGAAAAUAUCGCCAAGGUCGUCGUCGUCGUCGAAACGGGGACGUCCCAAAAGCGAAACUCUCACAAAUUUGAUAAUUGAAGGCAAGGAUUCUCCGUCGAACAUCAAGUGCAAGUACUGUAGUCGCGUAUUUCCGCGAGAUAAAUCCCUCAACGCCCACGAACGCAUCCAUUUGGGGGUUAAACCAUACAUUUGCGAUUAUCCGGGAUGCACGAGAGCCUUUACGCAAAGUGGGCAAUUAAAGACACAUCAGAGAUUGCAUACAGGAGAAAAGCCCUUCAAAUGCAGCGAACCGUCCUGCAACAGUCGCUUCACGCACGCAAAUCGCCAUUGCAGCCUCCAUCCUUACAGUAGCUUGAUCCGUUGCGAGGAUUCCGUGCUCGAUCAAAGCUACAUUGCCGAACAGAACACCGAAGUCCUCAAAUGGCUCGAAAAAUAUCGCUCACUCCGCGACGAUCGUACACCGAAACGCAAAAAGCUCAACGCAACCAACGACGAAAAUGUCAGCGGAACACCUGUAGCGACGCCAACAAGUGCCUCGAGCAUCACGUCGCCCUUCUACGAGCCGCAUCACAUUGUAAAUAACCCCAAAAGUCGCAAAGGCCUGAUGCUCGGCGAGUUGGAUAUGAAUGCGGGUCAGGGAAGUCCAACGUCGUCGAAAAUGCACGCAAACAGCUACGGCACGCCCAAAGUGAUAAAAUGGCAAGAUGCGGAAGACGAAGAAGAAGAAGAGGAAGGAGAUUCGUCGUCGCGGGAUUUAUCGCCGAUUAAUCCGAAGAAACGAUGGCUUUCGUAUGCGUGGCAGGAGGAAUGUCUCGCAAAGCCCCUCGAUCAAAGUUCGGCAAAUGUAUUAGAGGCAAAUCAAAAUAGACCGUCAGUGCUGAUGAUCGCGAAACGGGAUACCGUGGCGCCCGUUGUACUCGAUAGCGAGAAUUUGGUUAUUAAAUAAGACGUUUGAGGAGAUUUUUUCGAUUUUUUUCUUAAUUUGUUUACAUUUCGUACUGUAGCGAAGCCCGAGAGGCCUUGAAGAGUUUUUUUUGUUCGUUCUUGAGAUGCUAUCGAAUCAGAAACUGAUAAUUUUAAUUGUUUUGAUAAAUAUUAGCUUGUAAGAAAUAAAGUUUAUAGUAC